UAAGACUCUUUGGUCUCUUCUCUUCCCUCGGUCUCAGGUUGAAGCCAUCGGUUUUGACUCUGAGUGAGAAAGAGGAACCAAUCCGAAGGUCUGAAUGCAAUCAACGGUGGCGGCGGAGCAGUCGACGGAGACGAAGGGGAAGCACCGCUUGGUGACUGAGUUGAAGCGGUUGGAGGCUGAAACCCGGUUCUUGGAGGAAGAUAUGGAACAGCUUGAGAAGACGGAAAAAGCUUCGGCUGUACUGCAAGAGCUUUUGAAUGAAGUAGAGAGAAGACCUGAUCCCUUGCUGCCAGUUACUCCAGGACCUGCAAACUCAGUAUGGGACCAGUGGUUUGAAGGGGCUCAAAGUGUGCGGGUUCGUCAUCGAUGCUUGAUCCUCUGAUGCAAUGAGAAGAGAUUUUGAUGUGGAUGCUUACUGCUUCUGUGACUUCUGUUUCUUUUAAGGAGAUUGGUCUAUUCUUCUUGUUUUUAUGCCUGUUUAUCAUUAACCCUCCCCAUGCAUGAUGAAUACAAGAAACUAUACUGAUUGUACACAGAGGUUUAUUUUUAUUAUGAUUAUUUCACUGAUGGCACU